CCUUUCCCCCCUCGAUCGUUGAAGUGAUCCCUCAAAGAAAGCAACAUGGCGGAAUCGGACACCCAGACAAUCCUCGUUGCAGCUGUACAAGCAGAACCAGAAUGGUUAGAUCUACAAGCUGCAGUCAACAAGACAUGCUCUCUCAUCCGAGACGCCGCUCAGCGGGGAGUACGGUUGAUUGCCUUUCCUGAAUGUUGGAUACCAGGGUAUCCGGCUUGGAUAUGGACCAGACCAGUCGACAUGGAGCGAUCCGUCGCAUACAUCCGCAACUCCCUACGCUACGACUCCCCCGAAAUAGAGAAAAUCCGCACCUGCGCGCUCGAAAACAAAAUCAACGUCGCUCUGGGAUUUUCAGAAAACGACCACGGAUCUCUCUACAUCGCGCAGUGCCUUAUAACCGACGAUGGAGAGAUCAAGGCAAAGCGUCGCAAGUUUAAACCCACGCAUAUGGAACGUACCAUCUUUGGGGAUUGCACGGGGGAUUCGUUGUUGAAUGUGGUUGAUACGAGUGUUGGGAGGGUAGGCGCGCUGUCGUGCUGGGAGCAUCUUAAUCCGUUGUUGAAGUAUCAUACUUUUCAUCAGCGGGAGUUGUUUCAUGUGGCUGCGUGGCCGCCGGUGCAUCAUCAUUCUGGGGGGUCGGAGUUUUUUAGUAUGUCGCGGGAAGGAACUCGUAUCCUCUCUCAGACGUAUGCCAUCGAGUCAUCAACUUUCGUAAUCCAUACGACUUCCCUAAUAUCCGAGAAAGGCAUCAAAACAAUGGGAACUGGCGAUGGUUCUUUAAUGAACGUUCCAGGAGGCGGAUCAUCCGCAAUCUUUGGCCCCGAUGGCAGACAACUCACAGACGACCUCCCCGAACACGAGGAGAAUCUUGUUAUCGCCGAAGUCAAUACAGACAAAAUACUCGAGACCCGGUGUUUCGUCGACUCGUGUGGCCACUACAGUCGGCCGGAUCUGCUCUGGUUGGGCGUUGAUUUGGAGGCGAAGAAGCGAGUCCGCAGUCAGAGCUCGCCCUCAGCACACCAGCAAGACACUUGAUUAUGGAUAGUCUACCAAACUAAUAGACAAGAAAUCAAGUGAUUUAUUCCUUUCUGAAUUAGGAGUUACUAUCUGUACCAAUAACCCGAAGAUGUCCGUUUAGCUACAACGCCUAAGUCCCGAAACUUCAGCAAAAAGUACCCGACUUCUCUACGCUGACGGACAAAGGCCCAAGCAUGGGUAUUUAUUCUAUUUAUUAAACUUAUAAUUUGAAGGUAAAGCUGGAACAGAGUGGUGACUUUCACCUUGAUCUUCCAGGUAGAUACCACGAUGGUUGUGUGUCCCACAGACAAGUUUAAUAUGCAGC